AAACAUUCAAGUCCCUCACAGCAGAGACCACUAUCGUCAUUUAAUCUUUUUUUCCUUUCCUUUUUUCCUUCUUCUUUUUUUGUUUAAUCAAUCUUGCGCCGCUCGGGCAUCUCAAUGGCCCUGAACCUGGCCUCAAUUCAUCCCCUUCGAUAGCGAUUACGUUCCCUCACUCUUGACUACCGACCUACGAACAUUCAAGAUGCCACAGAAGCCAAAGGCUAAGCCUAAGGCUCAGCAGCAGCCUCCCCAGACCGAACAUCAAAAAAUUGCGGAACAGUGGGCUAAAGCUGAAAGAGCUCGUGCAGCUCAACAAGCUGCCAAUGCAAAAUUCGGACUCCCUCCCGCCGAAGAGAACGUAGAGGUUCUGGAGCGACGACGCGAGGUGCUCGACAAGAGACGGCAGAAUACAUAUGAGAAGCGCUGGCGAUGGACUGCUGCGUUUUGGGUCGUCUUGCUAGCUAUCCACGCGCUCGGCAUCUGGCUCUUUACAAGUGGUUUCUUGUUGACACGGCUGGUGCUGGAGGACAAGUCAAACUGCACACUACCUCCAAUUGAGAACACCAAGGGCUCAUUGAAUGUCGAUCGCGGUUGCUGGCACCCUAAAUCGUUCGACAGAGCCGUUGUCGUUCUAAUUGACGCGCUUCGAUACGACUUUACUGUUCCCGAGGAUCCGGCGCAAGCUCAGCACUUCCACAAUGCUUUCCCCUACCUCUACGAGACAGCUGCCAAAUCGCCCCAGAAUGCCUUCCUUCGCCCUUUUAUCGCUGAUCCCCCGACCGCUACGAUGCAGAGACUCAAGGGUCUCACGACGGGAACAUUGCCUACUUUUGUUGAUGUUGGAAGCAACUUUGCUGGCGCGGCUAUCGAGGAGGACAACUUGUUGAUGCAGCUGAAGGACGCCGGUAAGAAGAUUGCUCACCUUGGCGAUGAUACGUGGUGGUCUCUCUUCCCUGGUUACUUCGAGCCUAAUAUUAGCAAGGCUUAUGACAGCUUCAACGUCUGGGAUCUCCACACUGUUGAUAACGGCGUUAUUGACAACAUCUUCCCACUAUUGAACAAGGAGCGAAAGGGUGAAUGGGAUCUUCUUAUUGGACAUUGUCUUGGUGUUGAUCAUGCUGGCCACCGAUACGGACCUGAUCACCCUGCCAUGGGAGCCAAGCUUCGCCAGAUGGACGAGUUUAUCCGCAAGCUUGUCGAGAGUAUCGAUGACAAGACACUUCUUGUUGUUAUGGGAGAUCACGGUAUGGACAGCAAGGGUGACCACGGUGGUGAGAGCGACGACGAAGUUGAGGCUGCUCUCUGGAUGUACUCAAAGAAGCCCUUCUUCGGCAGAACCUCUUCCGACUUUGCUGUUCCUCCCCCCAACGCCAAGGUUCGACCAGUGAACCAGAUUGAUCUCGUUCCUACCCUCGCGCUGCUUCUUGGUAUUCCUAUCCCCUUCAACAACCUGGGAGGACCAAUUGAGGAGGCGUUUGCUGGUACUAAGGGCAACGACUGGCGUAACCUCAACGCUGUUUCGCGUGUCGCUGCAGCUGGAAUUGAGAGAUACCAAGCAUCUUACCACAAGGCUCGGGGCCUGGCUCAGGCCGACGGAGCCGAGUCUCCCGCUGCUCUUUGGGAGGCUGCUCGCGCUAUUGCCAAGAAUGAUCGUGAUGCUUACGUUGCCUUCACCAAGUUCCAGGAGACUACUCUGUCUGUCUGUAAGGACCUCUGGGCACGUUUCGAUGUUCCUCGUAUGAUCAUGGGUAUUGUCGUCUUUGGGUUUGGUCUCGUCUUGCUCUUGAUGUACUCUUCUCGGGAGGAAGAAGACGAAUACGUUAUUAUGAAUGAUGCCGAGCUUGACUAUGCCGAGAAGAAGCUGGAACUCUUGGCUUUCAAGGAGAAUGAGCCUGAGACUGUGGAAGUCUUGCACAAGCAAAUCCUCAAGGGCCUCUGGGACCCCAAGAUUCUCUUUGCUGUCUCUAUUCUUACAGGCGUAGGCCUGUAUCGCCAGCAGCCUAUCGAGGGCCUCGUUGCUCUCGUUACCGUGCUCUUCAUGGCUGGUCUCAGCUCUUCCCUGCAUGACGCAGGUAGGACUAUUCUCAAUGUCUUCCCUUCGACUUUCUGGGGUUGGUUGGCUGUGAUCUUCACUGUUAGCCAAUCGAUUGGAUUUGCUUCCAACUCCUACACCAUCUGGGAAGAUUCAAUCCUUCUCUUUUUUAUUACCACUUUUGGUGUGGCUAGUGCCGUUUCUGCAUUCCGUAUUGAGGCUCGACGGGAGAGGUAUUUGGGCAUUUACCACUCUGUUGCCUUCAUCAUUCUUGGCCGCUUCGCCUCCUACUCCAAGCUUUGUCGCGAGGAGCAGAUGCCAUACUGCACUUCUACAUACUACGCCUCUUCGGCCUCUUCAACCUCUGCGAUUUGGCAGCUUGCCAUUCCUUUUGCUGUGUGCCUUAUUCUUCCAGCCAUUAUGAAAUCGUUCCUCGUCACAAGCAGGUCGUAUGAGGGCCUUGCUCCAACUUGGAUUGGCUAUGUCAUUCGCGGAGGCCUGUUCUUGUCUGCCUUGUACUGGGUUAUCGAUGCCGCUGACAAUGGCGGGUGGCUCGCGGGACGUCUCGCCGAAGGAACCCCAAAGACCAUUGGAGUUUAUCUAGCCCAGAUUGUCCUCGCUCUCGCCUUCAUUGCCGGAAGCACUGCUUUUGUUUGGGCACCCCCCUGCGUCUCCCUCCUUCAAUCUGCUGGAGCUGGCGGUCGUCCUGUUGUUACUAUUAUUGGAUAUGGUAACGCUAUUGGUGCUCGCUACUUGUUGCUCCCGCUCAACCUUCUUUUGGGGUGCUUCCUCCUUUCGAAGCCCAUGGGCGGUGGUGCCCUUGCUCUUAUGUUCUGGCAGAUUCUUACCCUGGCUGAGAUUUUGGAUCUCAACGAGCUCAAGACCAGCCCUAUUGGACCUAUCAUGCUUGCUGUACUUGGAAACUUCUACUAUUUCAAGACUGGCCACCAGGCUGUGCUGUCCAGCAUUCAGUGGGAUAGCGCUUUCAUCCCUCUGUUUAGCAUCCGCUACCCUUGGACCCCCAUCGUGGUUAUCCUUAACAGUUUUGCAGGCCAGAUCAUCGCUGCUGCGUCUGUACCACUACUCGCUCUGUGGAAGGUCGGCCCCAAGCAGAAGGGGGUUUUAGAGACAGCCACCCGCGGCAUUGGCGUCUUCAUCAUCUUCUAUGCCGUUGAAGCCCUGGCUACUAUGAGCUGGGCUGGCUGGCUGCGUCGUCACCUGAUGCUCUACCGUGUCUUCAGCCCUCGCUUCAUGCUUGCGAGCACUGUCUUGCUCGUUCUUGAUCUGGUGACUAUUCUCGUCACUCUGACUGGCCUGCGUAGCAACACCUUGUCCCUUGGCGAGGUGUUCGGAUGGGCCGAUUAGAUGUAUUGAUAGGUAGAAGUGUGUAUGAUGUGUGUACAGAUAAGGGCUUCUGCCGCAUUUUAGGCAGAAUGACUCUAGUGUUAUCAAUCAAUAGGAAAGGAACGAAAAUUAGGAUAAUGGAGGAUAGAGCGGUACCAUCUGGGGCGUUCAGUCCAUGUCAGUCUUUUGGCUAGACAAUCAUAUUGUAGCAUGUCGGGAUUUUCUUGUAUCCUGUCAGAUCAUCUAUAGCAAAUCAAAAUAUCAUAUCAAAUUCGUCGUUAUUUGCUGGCAACAUCGGCUGUUCCCUUGACAGCCAUUCCUCCUUCUGGCCCCUCAAUCCAAACCUCCCAUCGUCCUUCAGCACCGUCUUCUUUUGACACCUUGCGGAUAUUGAUGGCCAUGCGCUCAUUGACGUACAAAGGCGCGUAGUUCCUGUAACUGAACCUAUGGACGGCUACACCAGCACCGAUUCGGUCGUUGAGGAAGCGAAGCAUCAGAGCAAGAGUGAACGGGCC